AGAUGCCCAGAAUCCCAGAGGGGAGCAAUGGCGUCAACAAUGCUGCUUCUGCUGGUGGCAGUCGCCCAGACCCUGAUCGAGAUCCGCGCGGCCCCGCGCCCUGCUCCCCUCCCGGCCCGCUCACCCGCCGGGGGUCCCGGAAGGAGUUCGGGGUCUCACCGCGCCCUGCCUCCAGGCCCACACUUGCUGAGUUAUUUCUACACCUCCGUGUCCCGGCCGGGCCUUGGGGAGCCCCGGUUCAUCUCUGUCGGUUACGUGGACAACACGGAGUUCGUGCGCUUCGACAGCGACGCGGAGAAUCCGAGAUAUGAGCCGCGGGCACCGUGGAUGGAGCAGGAGGGGCCGGAGUAUUGGGAGCGGGAAACACAGAAAGCCAAGGGCAAUGAGCAGAUUUUCCGAGUGAACCUGAGGACCCUGCUCAGCUACUACAACCAGAGCGCGGGCGGCUCUCACACUAUUCAGGUGAUCUCUGGCUGUGAAGUGGGGUCCGACGGGCGCCUCCUCCGCGGGUACCAGCAGUUCGCCUACGACGGCCGCGAUUACAUCGCCCUGAACGAAGACCUGAAAACGUGGACGGCGGCGGACAUGGCGGCACAGAUCACCCGACGCAAGUGGGAGCAGGCUGGUGCUACAGAGAAAAGCAAGGCCUACCUGGAGGGCGCGUGCGUGCAGUCCCUCCGCAGAUACCUGGAGCUCGGGAAGGAGACGCUGCUGCGCACAGAUCCUCCAAAGGCACAUGUGACAUGUCACCACAGAUCUGACGGUGAUGUCACCCUGAGGUGCUGGGCCCUGGGCUUCUACCCUGCUAACAUCAUCCUGACCUGGCAGUUGAAUGGGGAGGAGCUGACCCAGGACAUGGAGCUUGUGGAGACCAGGCCUUCAGGGGAUGGAACCUUCCAGAAGUGGGCAUCUGUGGUGGUGCCUCUUGGGAAGGAGCAGAAUUACACAUGCCAUGUGCACCAUGAGGGGCUGCCUGAGCCCCUCACCCUGAGAUGGGAGCCUCCUCCAUCCACUGUCUCCAACAUGGCGAACGUAGCUGUUCUGGUUGUCCUUGGAGCUUGGCCAUCAUUGCAGCUGUGGUGGCUUUUGUGAUGAAGAGAAGGAGACACACAGAGAACAGCGCCUGAUGUUCCCUGUGAGCCUAUGGGCUCAAUGUGAAGAAUUGUGGAGCCCAGCCUUCGCCUACACACCAGGACCCUGUCUCUGCAUUGCCCUGUGUUCCCUUCCACCGCCAACCUUCCGGGUCUGCAGUGGAAACUAAGGGUUCUUUGGAAAGUCGGUUGGAUGGUGUUGUGCUGGGGCAAACACAUGAAGGAGUGUUUCCUUAAAGUGGAUACAGGUGUGAAAGGCUAAGGCCGACUCCUGAAGGAACAUUUCACUGAAGCAGACACAGGAGAGAGGAUGUUCUGUAAAACAAGCAUGUGAAAGGAUGCGAUGCGUGAUGAAGGAUUCUUUGCUAAAGACACAAUUAUGGAUCUGCAACCCUAUAGGUGGAACAACAUUAUGAACUAACCAGUACCCCGGAGCUCUUGACUCUAGCUGCAUAUGUAUCAAAAGAUGGCCUAGUCGGCCAUCACUGGAAAGAGAGGCCCAUUGGACAAGCAAACUUUAUAUGCCCCAGUACAGGGGAACGCCAGGGCCAAAAAGGGGGAGUGGGUGGGUAGGGGAGUGGGGGUGGGUGGGUAUGGGGGACUUUUGAUAUAGCAUUGGAAAUGUAAAUGAGCUAAAUACCUAAUAAAAAAUGGAAAAAAAAAAAGAAAACUGACAUAUUAAAAAAAAAAAAAGACACACUU